CAUUUAUAUUCAUGCAAGAGUAUGCGCACACUGUUUUACGUGGGACGCAAUUCGGUAGAUCUAGAAACACACUUCUAAAAGUUUUAGAGUGCAGGAAUAAUCAACCUCUAUUCUAUUCAUGAAUUUAACAUUUUACGAAAACCAUAAACAACGUACCUAGUACGUACACGUGUACAAAUAGAAACCUAAAUAAAGCACACACAUGUACAUAUAGCGAAUAAAUAUAAUCUUAUGUUGAUUUCUUCAGCAAAUUGCCUCCGAGUGUUCGCCUUAUCUGGAAAUUAACAAAUUUAGUGUUUAUACAAAUUGAUACAAAAAUACGUGUAUUCAGACAAAACGCGCUGUACCCCUCGGACAUUCACAAAACACUCAAUUAAGGGUGCGAUAGUGAAUACUUUGUGUCUGUUAGCAGUGUAGGAGCACUUUAAACACUAUGGGGAAGUCGUUCGAGUUCGGGGCUUUGCAGUUCAAAUCGACAGAUUAGAUGAACUACUGAGUACAUCUGUAUUGUCCGUGUCUACUUGAAUGUGCUGUAUGCUGCCUGGAGAAUUGUUCACUUGUUCGGAUUCAUUAUGUCGUAUAAUUGAGGGCGUUUUGUUCUGCAAUGUCAACACUUUAUAAACAGUUAAUUUUCGUGUAAAAGUAUUUCAAUCCAUAUGGCCGAUUUCAGAAUAGCAAUAUUAUGAAUUUGUUUGAUGGAAAAGACACAGAAAGUCUUUUAAGAUAUAGUUUUUAAUUAAAUUUUACAGCACUGAACAAUCAGUCCAUCCUGAGUACUACUACAAUAAGUUGUAAGUUGUGAACUCGAGCAACUUUACCAUAAAGUUUAAGUGCUCUGAAGAUCUGAAAAGAAACCAGGUUUUAUCACAAUCGCAUUGAGGUAUUGUAAAUACCAGUUCCUUAUAGUACGUUUAUUUUUUAUCUAAAUGAACAUAAUUUCAUAUCAAUUGAUGGGAACCUAUCACUGUCAAAAUCUACAGAAAGCAGGUGAUCUUGGCUUGUCAGAAUGUUAAAAGGUUUCACAGAAUCCCGUCAGAUGAAAAGUUUUAUGUCUAAACGUCCAUUAGCAUGCCGCUGAUUUAAAUGGGGGUACUGCGGACUUUGAAGCACCGAUUGUCCACCUUUAAAUAUACGGUAGGUGUCCCUUAGGUGAGGAAUUCCGCGUGAAACGUAAAAUGUGUCUGAAAUGGAAAAGUUGUUUGGCACUUAAGAUAAAUUAUAGAGCUUUUGUUUGGUCAAGCCUAUUUAGUUUUCGAUAUGAUUGACAUAUGUACAAUAAAAUCUGCGUUGAAAAUAAUUCAUUUGUCAUUAAACAUUCUUGAAAACCCUGUGUUAUAAUUUAUAAAAAUGAUAAAGUUGAACCGAGAUGUAUGUUUACUCAGCCGUGUGGAAACUCCUAAUAAAUUCAGUAAACGUAAAUUUUACUGAUCGAAUAGGGGCAUAAAAACCGCAUAAUAUCCGCGAUUAAAUGGAUGUUACGAAUAGCGUUAAAUGCAUGUGAUCUGUCUUGUUUAAAUAAAUACAUCUCUUCUCCGGGAUCGAAACUUUCUAACCAGAUUUAGGAGAUCUUAUUACGGUAGUGGAAAGUUCCUUGAUUCUAUACCGAGAAUGGAUUCAGAUUCUUCUGUGAAUCGAAUAACACAGGCUCUAUCACGGCUAAAAUCAGACCUGGAAGACAUUCGUAGCCAAGAUGUAAAACUAAUGAAACAACUUCUGGCAAUAAACAAUGCAAUAUCUUCCAUAACCAGUCCAAGAGCAAGAAAUCCAAUCGCAAGGAGUGCUACUUUUAGUUGUUCUGGAAGGAAACGCCCAACUCUCAAAUAUUCAAAGAAAAGAGCAUGUGACGAUGUCAUGUGUAAUCUCAAAAACCCAUUGGUCAGGUAUGGUAGUGAACCUUUGGUGAUCGACGACGAAAUCGAUAAUAAUAGUUCUCAAGACUCUAUGCCGGAUCUGAAUGCUGAAUCUACACCCACAUUUCCUCUGUCGUCGUCUUUCAAUGGAAGAGGGAGUUCUAUACCUUUGAUGAGUUCUUUGUCAGAGGAAGAGGAAUUAGAUGAUGCGAAAUAUCAUGGGAUUCUUAUGAAAAAUAUUAAACUUUGGAAACAGUCAAAGAAAUUUAAGGAAAAACCGGGUACUUCUGUUGCAGAUAUACAUGUAGGGGGUGGAACUUAAUUUAGAACAAAUUAAGGCUCAGCAAUAUUGUGAAAACAUUUGAAUCGUAUUUCAUUAUAGCCAUGCUUCAUUUGAUUGCGUAUGAUGUACAUAUAGAAAGUCCUUACUAUGUUUGUCUAUUUUCAUUCAAGUUUAAAAGUUAACUUGCUAUCACUUCCUUAUAUGCGCCAUAUGGACACGAUCUUCAACGUCACGCUUUUUGCAGCAUUCUCUUGUUUCCGUGGAAAUUUAAUAUGUUCAUUCAAAUCUUAAAGGAAUACGCGAAGUAUAACUGAAAAUAAAACUUUAUACCGGAUACAAACGAUGCGUUGUACAUAUGCUAAUGGUUUAGUCGUGGGAAAAUACUGAAUGAAUGCAAAUUCGUCCUAGUCCUUCGCUCAUUACGUAACAGACGAACAGAAGACAAAUAGUGAAUCAUAAUUCUGGUCAUAAAUAUAAGUCAAAUGCAGGGAACCGUCUCUAAGGUCUCUCACUUUCCAGAUUAGACACCGAGUGUUUACUUUUAAGUCGCACAGGUAUCUUCCUGAGUCAUGAGAUUUAUGCAGGUGUAAAAUAAAAUGAUCUCAACAUUUGAACAAA